ACAUGCCCACUUUUGCAGUAAGAACGACUACCACGUCUUGAUUGCUACAAAUUUAUCCAUGGCACGUCGAAGUAGAUGUGCUAUCAUCCAUGGAGGUAGCAAGUGUUCCGCCUCCACAUUGCCACAGUCCAACCAGAAAAGGAUAUGCGAUUAUCCGCCAAAGUCCGUCUCUGAAGUACAACCCUCUGGCAAGUCCAUAAUAGAUUCUGUUUAUCUUUACUAUCUUCAAGUCUUAUCUCGGUCUGGCUCAAGUGAACCCUGCUCCUCUCCAUCAUAGCUUUCGAUUGCUCGCAGUGACUAGACAUAAAUACUUGCUUCGUCACGAUUAGGAUCUGUAGUUGAACCCUUCACUCCUGAUUACUCACACGCUGCAGCAAGAUGGGAACAACAGAGAAAAGACGGUCUCUGCAGUCUCCGAGCCUCAAGAACAGAUCAUGACUGUUGAGUCUGAUGUCGACGGCAGCGAACAAAACUCAAAAGGGCUGCUUGGCGGCUUCGACCUCCAAAAGAUUGAUAAAGCAGCCGAGUUUUUGGCCAACAAUGGACCUUAUCCGCCAAUGACUCCCGAGCAAGAGAAACGAUUGUUGAAAAAGAUUGAUGGUUGGAUGAUCUCGUUUUUGAUGUUCUUUGCGAUCCUCAGUGCAGUUGACAAGGUGGAAUUAUCCACUGCAGCACUGUAUGGCUUCGAAACGGAUAAUGGCUUGAAGGGGCAACAAUACAGUUGGUGUGGAAGCAUUCUGUCUCUUGGUAUGAUCACCGGGACUUUUCCGUUGACCUAUUUGGUCCAUCGACUUCCCACAGCUAAAUUUAUGGCAAUUUGCUCUAUAAUCUGGUCCUGCUGCACUUUGUUGAUGGCUGUCGAAGCCCGCUUCAGCGGCAUCAUGGCCAUUAGGUUCUUUAUGGGAUUCUUCGAAAGCAUCAUUCAACCUGCUUUGAUGUUAAUCAUUGGAAAUUUUUGGAAGAUUAAGGAGCAGCCGUGGAGGAUUGCGUUCAUCCUAAGCGCUUUCUCCUCCGUCGUCAAUGGAUUCUGGUCUUGGGUCGUUGGACAAAUCCCCGAAGACGCCCCUCUGAAGAGAUGGCAAUAUCUUUUCCUGAUCACCGGAUCUAUCAACAUUCUUUACUCCCUGUUUUUUUUCUUCUUCCUGCCAGACUCUCCCAUGAAUGCAUUCUUUUUGAGCAAGGAAGAGAAAUGGCACGCAGUACAACGUCUAGCAGAAAACAAGACAGGCAUGGAGAAUCAUAAAUGGAAAUGGGAGCAGGCCAUUGAGAGUGUCCUCGAUCCUAAAUUCUGGCUGCAGUUCUUCUUCAGCAUCGCCAUCAACAUCAGUAACGCAGCUUUGAUCACAUUUGGACCUCUAAUCAUCAAAGGCUUGGGUUACAACUCUCAAACAUCCGCUCUUCUAUCGAUGCCUACUGGUGUUAUGUCGACGCUAUCUGCUCUGUUCUUCUCCUUCAUCGCAGGCAAAUGGCGCAAUCGUCGAUCUCUCUGUGUGAUGAUGGCUUGUGCCCCUCCUUUAAUCGGUACAAUCCUUGCCUAUGUCUUGCCACGAACAAAUCUGGGCGGCCAAAUGGUCGGAUUGUACUUGAUGUAUAUGUACUGGGGUCCCUACAGUACGGCACAGACUCUGGUCUUGGCGAACACAGCUGGACAUACCAAGCGAGCAGUAACAUACAGCAUGCUGCAUGUCGGAUAUGCGGUAGGGAACAUGAUCGGACCACAGACGUUCCGAGCUUCGCAAGCACCACGCUAUACCGGCGGCAUGAUAUCGGCUCUGGUAACCUUUGUCCUUUGCGCGGUUUUUAUGGGAGCUUAUUGGGUUGUGGCCGUGAUGCAGAACAGGCGCAAGGAUAGGGAGCAUGGCAAGGUUGUUGUGGUAGACACUGCUGAGGUAGAAGUCCUCGUCGCUGAAUACUUGGAUAAGAGUGAUGGCGAACAGCCUUACUUCAGGUAUGUGACAUAGGAAGUGACGAAAUUUGGAGACUAUCUGGGAGAGUUCUGCAGAAGAACAUGUAUGCGUCUACGAAAGGCUCAAUGCAGACUAUCGAAACAU